AUGGACCAAAGUGGGAUGGAGAUUCCUGUGACCCUCAUCAUUAAAGCACCGAAUCAGAAAUACAGUGAUCAGACUAUUAGCUGCUUCUUGAACUGGACCGUGGGGAAACUAAAAACGCAUCUGUCUAACGUGUACCCUAGCAAACCAUUGACGAAGGAUCAAAGAUUGGUGUAUUCGGGCAGACUGCUUCCCGAUCAUCUGCAGCUGAAAGACAUUCUCAGAAAACAAGAUGAGUAUCAUAUGGUUCAUCUAGUGUGUACUUCUCGGACUCCUCCCAGUUCUCCAAAAUCCAGCACCACUAGAGAAAGUCAUGAAGCGUUGGCAUCCAGCAGCAAUUCUAAUUCAGAUCAGUCAGGAUCAACAACUCCAUCAUCCAGUCAAGAAACCUUGUCUUUAUCUGCCAGUUCUUCCUCGGAAGGAUUGAGGCAACGUACCCUUCCACAAGCACAAACCGACCCAGCACAGACUCAUCAGUUCCCAUAUGUAAUGCAAGGAAAUGUGGACAACCAGCUUCCUGGGCAAGCUAUUCCAGCUGGAUUCCCAGUGUAUCCUGCUUUCAGCCCGCUGCAGAUGCUGUGGUGGCAACAGAUGUAUGCUCAUCAGUAUUAUAUGCAAUAUCAAGCUGCAGUUUCAGCUCAGGCUACAUCAAAUGCCAACCCAGCCCAGCCUGCUGCUUCACAGCCUCUAAAUUUGGCACAUGUUCCUGGAGAAGAACCUCCACCAGCUCCAAACCUAGUGGCCCAAGAAAAUCGACCCAUGAAUGAGAAUGUUCAAAUGAAUGCACAGGGAGGUCCAGUGCUAAAUGAAGAAGACUUCAAUCGAGACUGGCUGGACUGGAUGUACACGUUCUCCCGAGCUGCAAUUCUCCUUAGCAUUGUAUACUUCUAUUCUUCUUUUAGUCGUUUUAUCAUGGUAAUGGGAGCCAUGCUGCUGGUUUAUUUACACCAAGCUGGAUGGUUUCCUUUUAGGCAAGAAGGAGGUCAGCAACAGGCUCCCAACAAUAAUGCCGAAGUUAACAAUGAUGGGCAAAAUGCCAACAACCUAGAACUUGAAGAAAUGGAGCGUCUUAUGGAUGAUGGGCUUGAAGAUGAGAGUGGAGAAGAUGCAGGUGAAGAUGCCAGUGCAAUUCAAAGGCCUGGUUUAAUGGCGUCAGCUUGGUCUUUUAUCACCACCUUCUUUACUUCACUGAUACCAGAGGGGCCUCCCCAGGUUGCCAAUUAGACCUGAAAAACUGUGCCAGCUCCGAAGGAGGGUCUGACUUUAGGAAAGUGUUUUAAAUAACAGUGCAAUUUCAAAAAAAUUUAUUACUUUCUUUUCAUCAUCAUGUACAGAGGUGUUUUUUUCUUUAAGCUUCUCAUGCAUAUGAAUAUUUUAAGCACAAAUGGACUACUAAAUGUGUGAUUUUUUUUUCAAGAUCCUAACAGAACAUAGUAUAACAAUAUUGGUCUUCCAGAUUUUAUUAAUUUCAAUUAUGUAUAUUCUGUCAAGGCAGAUCUAUUUGUGUGUCUUAUUUCUUUAAAGAGCUGCUUCACAUAUAAAUGUCUAUAGCUAAUAGCCCAGCCCUUCAGUGUGUAAUUUGAAUAAAUAUAUCUAUUUUCUGUGAAUUAUCCUGAAAGUUUUAAACAGAAUGACCUCAUAGUUUUUAAUAAAGAAUAUUAUUUACCUAAAAUGUGCUAGCAGCAUCUUGCCCAGCCAUAAAGCAAUAAACUUCUCAAUAAUCUUAAUUUUGACAUUUGGAUAAAUAAUGGAAACUUUCUAUUUUAAGGGCAUGUAUCCCAUCAAUUGGAAUUAGUACCUUAAAAAAAAAAAAAACGGCAGCUCUUCAAUGGAAUUAAUAGUGAUAUAAAUGUUUGAUACAGGCAGUACUUUUAUAAAAUAUGCUGGAAAUUGCUCCCUGUAAUUUUUUUAAAUAAAAGGUCAAUUAUGGUAAA